CGGAGAACACCAUUCAAAGCAACAUAUCCACCGUCCAUUGCUGUGGCCCGGUCAUCUUCAGCGAUGGGAUCGAUGGAGCCGCCUCGGGCGGAAGCGAACGGCGGAUCCGCCGCGCCGGCGUAUAACGGCGGCGGCCCCACGGCGAAUGGCGGAGAUUCGCUGGCCGGGAGGAAAGGUAAGGCGGGGACUGGGGCGGUGGCGCUGCCUCUCGAGGUUGGGACGCGGGUGAUGUGUCGGUGGCGUGACCAGAAGCUCCACCCCGUGAAGGUCAUUGAGCGACGCAAGGUUUCCUCCUUGAAUUCCUCUGAUUACGAGUACUAUGUCCACUAUACGGAGUUUAAUAGGAGGCUUGAUGAAUGGGUUAAACUUGAGCAGCUAGAUCUUGCAUCAGUGGAGACUGACAUUGAUGAGAAAGUUGAGGACAAGGCAACAAGCUUAAAAAUGACCCGUCAUCAAAAGCGGAAGAUUGAUGAGACACAUGUUGAGGCAGGCCAUGAAGAACUUGAUGCUGCUAGUUUGCGCGAACAUGAGGAAUUCACUAAAGUGAAAAAUAUUGCCAAAAUUGAACUUGGAAGAUAUGAGAUAGACACAUGGUAUUUCUCCCCCUUUCCGCCAGAAUAUAAUGACUCUGUGAAGCUGUACUUUUGUGAGUUUUGCCUUAAUUUUAUGAAGCGCAAAGAACAGCUUCAGAGGCAUAUGAGGAAAUGUGACCUAAAGCAUCCUCCUGGCGAUGAGAUCUACCGAAAUGGAACCCUGUCUAUGUUUGAGGUUGAUGGGAAGAAGAACAAGGUUUAUGGGCAGAACCUCUGUUAUUUGGCAAAAUUAUUUCUUGAUCACAAAACUCUGUAUUAUGAUGUAGAUUUAUUCUUAUUCUACAUUCUUUGUGAAUGUGAUGAUCGAGGUUGCCAUAUGGUCGGUUACUUCUCUAAGGAAAAGCAUUCUGAAGAAUCCUACAACUUGGCCUGCAUUUUGACUCUUCCUCCUUACCAGAGAAAAGGAUAUGGAAAAUUUCUAAUAGCAUUUUCAUAUGAGCUCUCAAAGAAGGAGGGCAAAGUGGGGACACCAGAGCGGCCACUAUCUGACCUAGGAUUACUUUCCUACAGAGGGUACUGGACUAGGGUUCUUCUUGAGAUCCUGAAAAAACAUAAAAGCAACAUCUCUAUAAAGGAGCUGAGCGAUAUGACUGCGAUCAAAGCUGAUGACAUCUUGAGCACUUUACAGAGCCUAGACUUGAUACAAUACAGGAAAGGGCAGCACGCAAUAUGUGCCGAUCCCAAGGUGCUCGAUCGUCACCUUAAGGCUGCUGGUCGGGGUGGCUUGGAAGUCGAUGUUAGCAAAUUGAUUUGGACCCCAUACAAAGAACAGGGCUAGUGUUGAUGGUUCUUUUAUAAAUUCUGUGCAUGCCAGAUCCUUCAAAUAUUGCAUUAGUGACCAGAUUACUUUUAAUCAAGGCUUAGGUUGUUUAUUGUCUUGAAUAUGCGUUAAACAAUGGCUGGGUAAUUUGCCUUCUGCUAGAUCAGUCUUGUUCUUUGCCUGUACUAUGCUUAUAUGUAGUUCUUUCUGUAAAUAUUGACCAGAUAUAUGAGGAUUGUAGUUGUCACCAUUUGACACU